UGCGCCUUGCAAAACCCUUUGGGUGGCGCUGCAGAGCGCAGGCAAUGUUUUCGCAUAACAGCUGAUUUCGUCGCCAUCUUUAUACAGAUAUAAACAUUGUAAGACUUCCCUGUAAAAAACCGAGCAAGAGCAUCUUUCAAUGUCCACGAGUUAAUCGAUUGUCAAAUGUAUGGGAAACUACUUGUUAUGUUGUUAGUAAUUUUAGGCUGUUCCGAUGACCAUUCUUAGAAGCGUAGCACGUAACGCCACGGUGUGAACGACAGAGGAUGCAUGCUGAAUAUGAAAGACGCCUACUGAGGCAAAUCAAUCAUCAGAACCUUCCCGAGGGACAGGUGUCGAAGACUGGUUAUGCAGCAUGCAGUCCUGUCAGCAUCAAGUCAGGAGACCGAUUUAUUCCCACUCGAGCUGGGAGUAACUGGAGCAUCAACUUCCAUUAUGCCAAUGAAAACUGUCGAUCUCCCAGUCAGAACCAUAGAUCGAAAGAUGCUUCAGCAGACACGGGCAGAGAUGCAGUAGCGUAUGCUGCACUUCUGAGGAACGAGCUGCUGGGAGCAGGCAUUGAGACAGUCCCUGAUCCACACACCGAUGACCGGCGUCAUGCAGUUCUCUCCCAGGACACACAUAGCCUCUUCAAGUACACCGUGCAAUCAAAGAAAGUACCGUUUGACAGUGGCUCUGAAGUUUCUCCAUACUCACUGUCUCCGCUCAGCAAUAAGAGCCACAAGCUCUUGCGAUCUCCCCGCAAGCCAGCCCGCAAGAUCUCCAAGAUCCCCUUCAAAGUUCUAGACGCCCCGGAGUUGCAGGAUGACUUCUAUCUUAACCUGGUGGACUGGUCAGCAGGGAAUCUGUUGAGUGUGGGCCUGGGAGCAUGUGUAUACCUAUGGAGCGCAUGCACCAGCCAGGUAACUCGGUUAUGUGACCUUUCUGUGGAUGGAGACUCUGUAACAUCAGUUUGCUGGAAUGAAAGGGGUAGCCUGGUUGCUGUGGGAACACACAAAGGUUCCGUACAGAUAUGGGAUGCUGCAGCCAGUCGGAAACUGACCUGUCUAGAGGGUCAUUCGGCCCGCGUAGGCGCAUUGGCGUGGAAUGGGGAACAGCUGUCAUCGGGUAGCCGGGACCGCGUCAUCCUUCAGAGGGACAUCCGAACGCCGUCUUCCGCUGAGCGCCGACUCCAAGGUCAUCGGCAGGAGGUCUGCGGCCUCAAGUGGUCACCCGACCACCAACACCUCGCCUCAGGGGGAAACGACAACAAGCUGCUGGUGUGGAACAGCUCCAGCCUGCUCCCGGUGCAACAGUACAGCGACCACCUGGCAGCAGUCAAAGCCAUCGCCUGGUCCCCCCAUCAGCACGGGCUGCUGGCGUCUGGAGGGGGCACGGCGGACCGCUGCCUCCGCUUCUGGAACACACUAACGGGUCAAGCCCUGCAGAGCACCGACACUGGCUCGCAGGUCUGCAACCUUGCCUGGUCCAAACACGCCAACGAACUGGUCAGCACACAUGGCUACUCUCAGAACCAGAUUCUAGUAUGGAAGUACCCAUCGCUAACACAGGUGGCUAAGCUUACAGGACACUCCUAUCGGGUCCUUUACCUGGCUGUUUCUCCAGAUGGAGAGGCCAUUGUGACAGGAGCAGGAGAUGAGACCUUGAGGUUCUGGAACGUAUUUAGUAAAACACGGUGUACCAAGGAAUCCAAAUCUGUGUUAAACCUAUUCACCAGGAUACGAUAGUUGCCAAGGAGUUUUAUUCAUCUACAAGACUGGAUAAGUUCUUCAAGGUGGAUACCAGUUCUUUCAAGAGAAACCCUCUCUGGAAGUUCAAGAAAUAAAAGUGGAAAAAAUACUACUUCAUUCCUUGUUGAACACUAGAUGGCAUUGAACCUAAUCACGAAAGAAAAGAAUCAUGCACUUGACGUGAACUCCACCUGAUGACCUUUUAUGCUGUCGCCAACCAACGCCAGCUCUUUGAAGCAAUUUUAUUUACCCUCACCUGAUGAAUGAGGAUUUUUAAGUUGUAUACCUGUGUUUUUACUGUUGUGAAUGUGGAAAAAUAUGUUUUGUUAUAUGAGUUAAAGUUUUAAAUCAAAGUAAAACUAUAUAUGUAAACGGUUAA